CAAAUAUUGUGAGAUUCGAUGUGCUGCCCCUUUCCCCACCAUGAAGAAACUGCUUGGGCUGAGUGUGUUGUUCUGGGCCUUUUUGCUUGUGAACUCGGCUCCUCCAACGUGCUACUCGAGGGUAUUGUCCUUAGGCAAAGAGAUCACAGAAAGUUACAUGAAGCUGCAGAAAUCGGAAACCGUGGAUCCAUGUGUGAAGACUUUGCCAAGGCUGUAUCUGGAUAUACAUAAUUACUGUGUGCUGGCAAAACUGAGGGAAUUUGUAGCACACCCCCGAUGCCAACGAGUGCCCCAAGUGAGUGCCCUGAAGGACAAAGCCCGAAGCCUGUACACCAUUAUGAUCUCCUUCUGCAGAAGGGACUUGGUCUUUCUUAAUGAAGAUUGCAAUGCUCUGGAGUUCCCAAUACUUUCACCCACUGAUCAUUCUGCCGUUUGGAAGUAGGAUUCCAGCGCACCAAAGAAAUGCUUGAAAACAGACGAAGAACUUCAGAACGCUGUCGAAUGAAAGGAGAAUGGGCUUAAUUCUUUCAACAUAUGAGCCCUGGCAAUACAUUUCUCAGGCUGCCAGGAAAUGAAAUACAUGCCUUGCAUACCUUCUAAGCUGCUAUUUAUACGGUGUUUUAAAAACUUCAGUUUAGCUAGAAGAGAAGUACUAGUAGAAGAGAGGACUUUUUGUUACUCUUGAAAUUAUUGUGUGUAUCAAACAAAAUAGAUAUUGUGAAGGCUAUUAUAAUCUUGAGACAGCAGUAGAAGGAAGUAUCGGACAAAGGCGGUAAGCACAAUCCACUGGGCAUGUUGCACGCCUUACAUAAAUGAAUGGCAGUUUUGCAAGAGGAUGGUAGACCCAUUCAUUACAAUGGGACUAGCAAAGAAACUGUUCCAAGUGGAUUGGGCCCAGUAUGUUAAGGAUUAUAGGGGGUAAUUAGGACAUGUCCCAGCUGGCACAGAGAGCAUCUUGCCUAGUAUGCAUAUUUAGAGUUGAAAAUGAGCUCUCUUUAAAUGAAAAGCUCAAUGGAAAAAGAAAUGGGAGAAACCAUUCCAUGCAGUGAAGUGAUCCUUUGCAGGCUGUCUCUCAGAGUCUCUCUACACGUUACUAAGUACCUAGGGAUGCUCAAGUGCAGGAUUGUAUGUCUAGCCCUCAAUUCAAGUGCAGGCUGUUCUUGCUCAGUGCACCUGAAUGCAGCUUUCAUGGGAGUUCCCUUUAUGUGACUGCAUCUGCAAGUGAUUCCGGAGGGUAAAGAGCCAAUUCAACUGUUUUUGCUGCAAGAACAAGUACUGUAGGCUCGUUUGAAUUGCCAAUUUGCAUUUCUCUAAGGUGUGAGAAAGUGUCAAGAUCUGCAUUUCAAUGGAUGGAUGUGAGGGAAACUGAUAUUUUAAGCAGUUGAGGAGGAAUUGAUAUGAAACACCGUGAAUGUAGUCACAGGGAGUAAAUUGAAGUGUGAUCGUGUGAUCUAGUGCAUGGAAGUUUGGAGGGGGGGGGACACAUGAAAUGAGGUUCACUUGAGUGUCCCUAGGUACUUAGUAAUGUGUAGAGAGACUCUCAGCCAUGUACCUAUUGAAAGGAGUUGUCUGCAUCCCUAGUUUCCCCACCAGCCAGUAUAAGAAGCUGCCUUUGGCUGCCUUUCCAAGACUCCAUCUCUACAGAAUUCAACUGCAGUGGAAGAUUCAUCCCAGCAAUAUGACAAACUUUGCCAGGAAUAAAAUGGUUUCUAAAGUGAAAAGAUUUCCCAGUAUUUUCCAUUGCCAAUUGCUUUGCUUUUGUAUGUAUACAAAUGAAUAAGGUUCAGAGCUCAAAGUCCAGACCUUGCCUCCAUCAUAAACUGACAAAGUUUAUCGGUUCCAAGGAGGGGGAAACCAUGUCUAGGCUGUACCUGCAGGUGGGAGCUUCAAUGAUGGCAUGCGCCUGCAUA